CCGGUAACGUCCUGUUUGGGAGCAUGGUAGCAGUAAAAUGAACUGAGAAUACUGACAACGUCCAGCUAACUUAGCACACCUCCACCUUUGUGUUCCGUUUGUGUUGUACAUUAAAAAUAUACACCUACCCUGCCGUAGCAUAACUCUGCAGCUCCGGGUAGGUAAGUUUACACAAUAGCCUGACGGUCCAUGAGCAAUGGAGGGUCCGUCCUCUCGCGUGUCUGUCGCGCGUGAUGGACCGCUGCGGCUGACGGGCAGGAGAGACUCCGGCGGGGAAGCGGAGUCUGACUCUGCCCAGGACAUGAAAACGCACUUUCGUGUCUGUCGCUUCAUUAUGGAGACAGGAGUGAAAUUAGGUAUGCGCUCGGUGCCCGUGGCCACAGCAUGUGUGUUAUACCACCGUUUCUUUGAACGUGUCAGCAUACGUGCUUAUGAACCAUACCUGGUGGCCAUGAGCUGUGUGUACCUGGCUGGUAAAGUGGAGGAGCAGCACAUCAGGACCCGUGACAUCAUCAAUGUAAGCCACAGGUAUUUCAACAGUGGCAGCGCUCCUCUAGAAUGUGACAAGGAGUUCUGGGACCUGAGGGACAGCGUGGUGCAGUGUGAGCUCCUCAUCCUCCGACAGCUCAACUUCCACGUCUCCUUUGAGCACCCUCACAAGUAUUUACUCCACUACUUAUUGUCUGUGAAGUCACUGGUGAACCGCCAUGCUUGGUCUCGAACCCCUGUUGCUGAGACUUCCUGGGCGUUGCUUAGAGACUGUUACCAUGGAGCCAUGUGCAUCCGCCACACCCCCCAACACAUCGCCAUAGCAACUUUAUACCUGGCUUUAAACAGCUACGGAGUGGAGCUGCCUGUUGGGGAGAAAGAGUGGUGGCAGGUGUUUUGUGAGGAUGUGACCAAACCAGACAUCGACGCUGUGAUUUCAGACCUUCUUCAACUCUACGACAUGGAGGCCAAGUGUAUCUAAAGGACAAGACCUGCACACAGGAGACAGCUGUUUUGUCUGUCUGUGUGUUUCCUUCAGUUUGUUUUGUCAUAGUAUGAAUAUGCGUCCCUGUAUGUGUGUGUGUGUGUGUGUGUGUGUGUGUGUGUGUGUGUGUGUGUGUGUGUGUGUGUGUGUGUGUGUGUGUGUGUGUGUGUGUGUUGUUCUCUGCAUGUAAGUGUUGGGGUUCAGGUGCAUUUGUGUACAUGUGUCCCUCUGUGUUUGUGAGAGAGAGAGAGAAAGAGAGAGAGAGAGAAAGAAAGAAAGAGAGGACCACAUUGUUUGCCCCAGUUAGUCUGCGAGCUGUGACAAAAACACACCUGCACUACUGACUCCUGCCACCUUGGGGAGACAUUUCUUGCUUUCUGGUCUCUGAUCUCUCAGCCCUGCAGAAUACUGAUGUGCUCUGGUUUCUCAGGUUUCUCAGAAACAUCCCAGCACUCAGCAGCAGUAAUCUCUUCACACUUCAGACAUAAAAUGUUUUAACUACAAAUGCCACUGUAUGAAUUUGAUGAACAGGUUCAUCACUCAGUAAUUCACCAGUAAUUCCAACAAACCUAUGAAAAUGCAUGGGAAUAGUGACAUUGUUUAGAUAUUUAUCAUUAAAUGCCAGUCAUUGGUUUUAAGAUACUUAGUAACUCAUCUUGACAUUGCAUAUUAUUGUGUAAAUCAAAAGUAUUAAGUGUUUCUGAAGGGCUGCCAUUUCCAGAUAUCUUUUCAUGAAUUAGUUAAAAGAUAGUUUGUAACUGUUGGCAGAGCACCAACCAGGUGAAAAGUAUGUGGGGAUGUGAUUUGCUGUGUGCAACGAACAUUACAUAGUGAACAAAAUGAACUCUGCAGACCCUGUCCUAUCCUGUUAAGGAUAUGUCUGGUGAUAUUUUCCAUGUUAUCACUGUUUAUAAAUCCCAUGAAGUGACCAAGAGACUUGCAUGGAGUAAUAAUAUUAGAAAAGACAUAAUAAAGGUAGUUUAACCAUCAAUUCCAGGUUCAUUUUCUAAUACAAUAUAAGUGGUUAAUGAGAACCAGUUUUAAUUUACAUAAUAUCAUUUGAAACAUCCCAGACCAGACAUUACAUGUAAGGAAAUUAUUAUAUCAUUGUUCAUAAGAAUGUUGUCGAUCUUCUGUUGUGUGCUAAGUUAUGUUUUCUUUAUGUUACAUUCAUAUUUACACUCAUCUCUCAAAUUUGCCAUGUAUCUAAAAAAUAUUAUAUAAUUGACUUCCUGAGAGAUAAUCCCACAGAGGAUCAAGAACUUACUUUUAAAGUUCAGAUGAACAAACUGCAUACCAUUAUUGGAUUAUUGAAGUGUAUAUAUUCAGUAUAUUUUGUUUCCCAAGCUUCUUUUUUAAUGUACAGUAUAUUUACAUACACAUCUUUGUUUUUUCUCUGGCAUUUUUGUAUGUACGACACAUAAAACAAUAAAUACAAAUGUCAAAAACACA